AUGAGCAACAAGAUUCUCUCUGGAGUCAAGAUGGAGGACCAGUUUCCUGCAGGAGCUAAGCUCGAAAAACCCCUUCUCUUAGGGACCAAAGGAGAACUGGCUUCUUCUCCUGGAGCCAAGAUGGCAGACCACGUUUUCUCAGGAGUGAAGACAGAAGAGCAGCUCUUCUUUGGAGCCAAGAUGGAAGAUCAGUUCACCUCUGGAGCCAAGAUGGCCGACCAGUGCCUCAGAGCCGUGCUGUGGCAGGACAUGUCCGUGAACCUAGCGUCCACGCUGCUGCACCAGCUGUCAGAGAGGGUCAGUAAAUCCAACAGUCGGCUGGGGGAGAGGACGACUCCGCCCAUCAGAAGCAGUCCUGUUUUGAAGGUGAAUGUGGACUCUUCAUCGCUUCUGAGCUCCCAGGAUCCUCCACAUGAAACCCAAAGCAGCCUCAGCAGAGAUCAAACCACAGGUUGCUCUUACUUCUACAGGUGUCAUGUGUGCGGUUUUGAGACGGACAGGCGUGCCCUUUUCCACAGUCACAUGACAGAACACCGCCAAUGGGAGCACGGCUCCUUCUCGCUGCACUGCAGCGUGUGCGACCACUCGACCAAUCAGGAGGCAGAGAUGAGGGCUCACGCCAGCACGCACUUGAAUGGGAACACGGGAGCCAGCGGAGAUGUGAGAUGCCCCAUCACCCCUCCUGCCGCCUCCACUGCCUCAAGCAGCGCUCCGUCAGUUGCUAUGGCAACCCAGCCGGAGAACAGCGCCUCUGAGCACCGCUGCCGCAUCUGCCAGAGGUCGUUUCCAGGGCAACAGGAGCUGUUGGUUCACUUCCAGGGUCACCGCCAAGGCAACCAGUACCGGUGCGACCGGUGUGGCCACCUGACGCGGACAGCCAAUAAGCUGGUAGAGCACGUGCGCGUGCACACAGGGGAGCGGCCGUUCACGUGCGACCUUUGCCCCUACAGCGCCAAGCGGAGGGACAGUCUGCGCCUCCACUGCAAGGUCAAACACCCAGGCGACGUGCACACGCACCGGUCGUACGUGCACGGAGACAAUCAGCGUUCAAGCAAACACGUACAGCGGCUGCACACGCCGGCGAACACACACACACUGCUAAACCCUGCACUUAAGAAGUCCUCCUCUCACGCACGAGACGCUUUGCUGUAA